AAAAUAAAGUUAGCGAAAGUGACUAAAGUGUUGGGCCGUACGGGCAGUCAGGGCCAGUGUACGCAAGUGAGGGUCGAGUUCCUGGAUGACAAUCGGUCCAUCAUUCGCAACGUGAAGGGACCCGUACGCGAGGGAGACAUUCUCACGCUUCUCGAGUCCGAGAGAGAGGCCAGAAGAUUGCGGUGA